GUCACUCUUGCACCUGUCUUCUCUGACACUUUUUGCAAAUGAUCACUGAGCAAAGGAUCAUAAUGAGCCAACAGCUCUAAUGUCUGUGGUCCCUCUGAAUGCCAGGUGUGCUGGUGAGAAUGGAGGCAAGUGAAAUGGAGCUCUGGCUGUGCAUGUUGAUUGUCGCUACCAGUGGCGCUCUGCUGAUGGUGGGAUGGAGUAGAAGUCACUUGUCAUGGUCAGUGGGGCUUGUGGUGGUGGAGGUGAUGCUGAGUUAUUGGAUAUCGAAUGGAAGUGUGGCAGUGAUACUGCUCAGUGUCUGCUGUGGCUGCUGUGUGAUCCACUUCAGUGCAGGAAGAAAAGAGUUCAGGUUGCCUGUACAAGGCAAAGCCGUGCUCAUUACAGGUUGUGACACUGGUUUUGGCCAUGAGCUUGCUAAAAUCCUGGACAAAGCUGGGAUGAAGGUAUAUGCUGGAGUGCUGGAGGAGUUUGGACCUGGUGCACAGAACCUCAGGGAAGUUUCAUCUUCACUGCUUACCAUCCUACAGAUGGAUAUCACAAACAUCAACCAAAUCUCUGAAGUUCAUAAACUUAUCAAAAGUCAAAUAGGAGAGUCAGGUCUUUGGGGACUGGUGAACAAUGCAGGCGUGCUGGGACAUAUAUGUGAUGGAGAACUUCUUCCAAUGAGAAUAUUAAGAAAAAUCCUGAAUGUGAAUUUUAUUGCUGGUGUGGAGGUGACCAAAGUUUUCCUGCCUUUGUUAAGACAAGCAAAAGGAAGGGUUGUGUGUGUAUCCAGUGUGUCAGGAGAAGUUCCCUUCCCUGGUUUUUCUGCAUAUGGUGCAUCUAAGGCAGCUGUGAUUUCUUACUACGGAGCUCUGAGACAGGAAAUGUCCAAAUGGGGUGUAAAAGUGGCCAUUGUUCAGCCAGGGGCCUUCAAGACAAAUAUUUUAGGCAAUCAAGAAGAAUGGAGUAAAAUUGAAAAGGAGAUCCUCAGCACCCAGCCCCUAGCGGUAAUAGAUGCAUAUGGAGAAGAGUACAUCUGCUCUAUGCAUCAGCAUUUAAGUAAUUUGACUGCUCAAAGCUGUACUGAUUUCAGGCCAGUUCUAGAUGAUAUACAACACGCAUUACUCUCAGAAAAGCCAUGGGCCUUUUAUCACCCAGGACGCAUGGCCUGGGCAUUUCCGUUCCUGCAAAGGAUCUGCCCUACAUGGAUGUUUGAUGCCAUUUUUGCACAAAUAUUUACAUAUGGCAGGCUCUGUCCAGCAGCCCUGGCUUCCAAAAGAUGAACACUUCAAACUGAUUGAAACUUGAAACUAAUUAGAACAGGAUGAUUGGUGUAAAUAGUUAUUUUAAGAUCGUAUGUUUUCCUUUAGUUCUGCACUUCAGGAGCAACACAAAUUAUUUACAUGUCUCCAGAAUACAAAUCUUGUACAAGCACCCAAAACUAUCCCAUCUCAUGAGUGGCCACAAAUUGUGAAA